AUGCCAAACCUAUUGGAAAAGGAACACUUUAAAUUACGAAAACACACUCGAUAUCUGACAAUCCACCGUUUGGCUGAACAGAAAAGCUGGCAUCAGCUAGCCUACGAGGAUCGACUUAGACGGGAAAAUCGAAAAAUUCCAAAAAUAUGCAGGAAGGCGUUUUUUCGAUGGCAUCUGGAACAAUUGGAAGCGAGAAAGAAAUUCAAGAGAUUGAGAGAAAAGAACAAGGAUGAGAGUAUUUAUGUGGCAAAACAAUGGUAUUAUGUAUUGAAGAAGCAUCCGCUGAAACCAAGGGUUGAGUGGAGUUUUCAGAGAGUUCAUAAAUUGAGCUCGAAAAACGAACGGAUUGCUCAAGAGCUAGAAGAGUUGAUGGAUUGUGCAGAGAGAUAUGCUCUGAUUGAUAAUUUAUCCGAUGAGUUUCGAAAGAAGGAAAAAUAUGAGUUAAUGAAAGUUAAUAGUACGUUUUGGAAAAAAUGUACCGACAAAUUUAAGGUCAGUCUUCUUUCAGAAAUUGAAAAAUUCCACUUGGAAGUCAAAAACAGCCGCGAAAUUCUUCUUCGAUCUCAAUCAUUAGCAGCGAUGAAAAUCAGAAUUUUCUUUGAGAAACGAAAAGGACUAAUAUUUGAUAUCAAUGAGUUGAUUGACCCAGAAGUGGGAAACAUGCCAAUCAAGAAGCUUCGAGAAACCAUUAUCACGAAGGUGCUGGAGUUUUCACAGGAGAUUAAUUUGAAGCUAUUGCGAAAGAGUUGGAAGGAUGAAAAAAAGAGAAAUAUUGUUCAGAAUUGUGUAGUGCAAGAAACAACAAAUGCCGCAUUCGGAACUAUUCAACUUUAUUUGAAAACUUUGAGAACAAAGACAUCGUUUAUUGCUAUGGAUUGUAUGAUCGUGGAUCGCAAGCUAUGUGUGAAUUCCGAACAGAUUCGUAUGUUGCUAAAAGAGCCAAUUAGUGUGAUGUGCUCUUUGGAGAAUGUGAGAAUGUCCACAGAAGACUGUGAAACGUGGCAAGAAGAAGCGAUGAUGAGUGUGGAUGCUCUUUCCCAUGAGCAUAUUGCUCAUCAUCCGCUUCUGCAGCCAUAUGCCUUUUUGGUUGGUGAUUACAAGGUCUCACCAAAACUAACCGAAGAGGAAAUGAUAAAAAUGUACGAUGACUCAACUCAUCUUCAAAUUCGUCUAACCAAAGCCUCAAAAUGUUUGAGUGUUCGAUGUUUUGUCCUCCGCUUGGAAGCGGUGUGGGUUGAGAUGGAGCGAAGGAUCAGGAGCUUCAGAAAUCAGUUGAAAAUGGCGAUUCGUAGAAAAUUUACAACUCUACUCAACAAACUUUUAUAUGACUUUCGGAAGUACGAUCGAGCCCUCCAAUACAGAUCCAUCGAUCCAUCUAUGAUGCUGAGCAACAAGUCACAAGUAGAUAUGAUGCUUCAAAAUGAGACUGGCGACAGUGUCAGGCAGUUUGUAGAUGUUUAUGAUAAAGUUUUCGAGAUCACACAGCACAUCUCCCUUGACACUUCUCAAAUGGAUACACUUCUUCAAAUCGCAUCAUUGAGACUUUCUCUUCCACAGUGCAUCAACGAUCACGCUCACUUUUUUCAGAAACGAAUAUCAACUUUUCUUCAUUUUGUCAAUAAAAAGCAAGCAAAAGUGAUGACAAGUGUCCAGAAGGCGAUGGAUAAACUGAAAAUAGUUCAAACAAUGGGAAAUCCACAAGAAGUGGAGACUUAUCUGGCGCAAAUGAUGAAGUUGAGACCGAUGUUGGAUAGUUUGAUAACUGAAAUUGAAGAUUUGAAUAAAUUUGAAAAAGCUGUGGAUAUUCAAGUAUCAGAUGUCACUAAAAUGCGACAUUUUGUCGGGGAAAUCGAGUCGUUGGAAAGUUUGUUUGUGGCUACAAGCGGCUAUUAUAAACAUGUCAAUGCCUUUUUCGAAUCUCGGCGAACAUUGGUGAAUAUUGAUGCAAGCCGGAAUUUCAUUGAACAAUUCACAAUUCAAUUGUCGAUUUUCGAAAGUUCAUUGACAACUCACAGAGCUGCCAAACACUUCAUAGCUUAUGCCAGAAACGAAGUGGAUAGUUUCAAAAAGAACUUUUCGGUAGCCGAAGUGAUGUCAUGUAGAAGAUUACUCGACGCUCAUUGGCUGAGAAUGUCCGAGAUUGUUGGAUUCGAUCUAACUCCAUACGCCAACAGUUCGAUCGCUCAAAUAUGCGAACUUGGCCUAGAAGCACAUCUCCAGCAAUUGAAACCGAUUGCAUUUUCUGCUGAAAGAGAGGCAACUGCAGCUGAUCAAUUACACGCGAUCGUCACUUUUUGGAGUCAGGAACAUCUGGAAAUGAGAUUUCAUUCUCAAUGGAAACUAUCGUUAGCUGUGAAGCUUCGAGAUCUUUAUCGUCGAGUUCAGAAUGAUAUCAACACUUUGAAACACAUGACAAACGUCGAGCAAAUUACGGAUGACUCUUUACCACAAUGGACUGAAUGGACUGCUCGAGCUGAAACAAUUCUGAAGGCGUGGUGUGAGACUCAGCAGAAAUGGAUGAGAGUCGCCAAUAUUUUUGUGACUUGUAGAGACACUUUACAGGUUAAAAAUCUGUUCAAUGUAACCCAAAAAUCAGAAGAAUUGUUUACAGAAGGAAUACGAAUUACUGAGAACUUGUGCCAAAUAUUUCCUAACCAUAGAGAAGAACGUUCUAAAAGAUGCGACCAUUUAUCGAGUGAUGCAACUACCCCAUUUGCCUUGUUGGAUAGAGAAAAUCCGUUCAAUGUUCGUGGACUGCUCGAUGGAAUGAGAAUGAUAAAUGCGAGACUGUGUCUUUCGUCUGAACUGAGUCUUCUGAAUCUUUUCUCAACGACUACAAUCGAUUCAAGACUGAAAUUACUGCUGAAAGAUUGUUUUCCAUCGUUGAGAAGAUUAUGUUUCAAUCGAAGAAAUCAAUUAGAAUUGGUGGAUUUAUUAGGGGAAAAAAUUACGGUAGAUUUAACAAAAGCGGAAAUUGAAAAUCAAGAGCCAUGUGAACUGAUAAGAAGUAUUGAAACGGCGUUUGCAUCAAAACUAACAGAUAUCAUAACCUAUGAACGGCAAGAUCGAUUGAAAGCAGCUAGUCGAAUUGGAGCAAAUGUUGGAGAGUUGAUAGAGACGAGACAAACUUUGGAUCCACUGUUUUUGAGCAGAGUGAUAGUUGAAUAUUGUGAUGAAAAAGCGUACUACAUCCAGCACAAAAGUGUGCAACGCCAGUCUUUACUCACUGUCGACUUUGUGUAUUCGAUUGAAACUAAUCGUUUUAUUCCGAAAAGUCUAGCUGACAACUGGAGUAGCGGACACAUUAUUCUGUUGAUUGGAGAGAUGUGUUCCACACGAAAUUUUGUAUUGAAACUGUCAAAUUGUCUGUGUUCGAAUCUCCGAAUCGUCAACUCUCACAACCUUCUCGAGUCGGCAUUUUUGGAACGACUCACUAAAUGUAUAUCGAUGACAAACUGGUUUGUGUUAUUGGAAAAUGUGGAUUUGCUGACAUCCCAAUUAGUGUUCAAUCUCUUCAAAAUGCUUUCGAAUCAAGCAGUUCCGUUUCCAAGAUUGUUUCUUUCGUCUACGGAAGAAAUCAGGAAUCAACUUCCAACAACUAUCGCUAUCGAGCACUUAAAGGAUCACUUGGGAGGAUUUCAUGAUGUAAUCGAACCGUCUCCUGCAUUCAAAUUUGACACGGGUACUCCAUUAUCAAGUGUCAGAUCCUCUUCAAUUCCAAACGCAUCCAAACUUCCAGUCGGAUCAUCUCUCCAACCUCCUUCUUCUCCACAUUCAGUACUUUUGGAGAAAAUCGGAGCAAGGAUUCGGAAUCGAGAGAUAUCAGGAUGUGUGGGUCCCAUGGCAAAAGAGACUCUAAAAGAAACACUGGAUCACUUUGCUGAAAAAGUUGUUUGGAUUUACAUCGACGUCUUCAUUCGAGAUCAAUUAGUUGUCCAUUCUGAUGAAUUUGCCGCAUCUCCAGCUGGAAUACUUUUCGAAGUUCUGUCUCCAAAUGUUCUUCAAUCCAAUGGAUCGGAAAGUGAGAGAAGUUAUCACUCAACCAUCUCAACGAAUUCUGUAUGCAUCAACACAAUCGUCGUAUUCUAUGGAUUCUCUGAAUUCUGGAAUAUCUUUCCGUUCAUUUCUCCAUUAUUCCUGAAGAAAGAUGGAUUUUCUGCUCAAACGCCGCCAUUUUUGACUUUGGAUGAUGGAAGCACAUAUUGGCCACAAGAGAAUGUUCAGUUCUUGAUGUGUAUUCCAGAUGAAGAGGGUUUUCAUUUGAAUACGGUGAAAAAGUUUGAUAUUCCGUUUCAUGUUGUUACUGAGAACCUCAAAAUGGAUGUAGCCAGAAGUUGGAGAAAAAUUUGGCAGAAAAAAUAUUCAGAACUCUUCAAUAAAAUCUCUCUGGUUGAAAUAAUGGAUGAGCUGGUAGAUCGAAUUCUAUCCCCGAUGUCCUCAUAUUUCUCGGAAACAUUCCUAUGGCCAUCUACUCUAUUUCAAGUCAUUCAUCAAGAUCUUACAGAAGUAAUCCCAUUAUCACGCACCACUUCUGUAAACGACACUCUUCGGAUUACUGUAAUUCUUGCAACGGCAAACUAUAUCUCAAUUUUCUCAGAUGAUCAAAAGAAAGUGGAGACAAAGCUAAUGAAAGUUUUGGUAUCGAUACGAGAGAGGCUAUCAAUUCAGAUUCCCGAUGAUGUUUGUAAUUGGAAAAUUUCCUAUCAAGAUGCGACGAAGUUAGUGAAAUGGGAAGAAGAACCAUUUUGUCAAAGCUCUAUUGAUAAGGAUAGUGCCAUUGGGAAUAUUAUGAUAGUGACUCCUUGUAUGGAUCGUCUCUUGUUCUACAGUAUCCGUUUGCUCAGUUCUGGUCACAAUAUUCUGGUCCACGGCCCUCCGUACUCUAGGAAGACAAUGUUCGUCAAAAUGAUAUCAAAAUAUCUGUGUUCUUCUGAAGAUGCAAAUGUUAAAUUCGUUUGGCUGGAUGGUAAAAGUCGAGUUGGAAACGAUGUGGCCCAGAAAAAGUUUGCGACGAUUGUGGAGACUUGCGAGAAGGCUCAUCAGAGUGAGCAAUUGUACAUUGUGAUUGAUCGGUUCUCGUUUACGGAGCCUCUUCUUCCAAUUAUCGAAUUCUUUGUGGACCAUAAAACUUACUGGAAAGAUGGGAAAUUGUGUAAAUCGGAUUCUCAAAUCCGAAUGAUUAUUGUGACAGAUGAAGAGGAUUACGCAUGGUUGUACAAGACUAAAGCUCUCGCAUCCACUUUCGUUGGUAUUGCAAUGCCCCCAUCCACAAAGUUCCAAGAUCAAAAACCAUUGGUUCAAACUUUGAUAGCUGCCAAUUUUACAGCGAAGUUGGAUUUAUCAGAAAAGGGAAUUAUACUGAUUAUUAACUUCUUUUUCAGAUCAUUCAGUUCCGAAUACCACCACCAUCUAGAACCUUUGUCAUCUUGCAUUGUGGAAAUUGUUAAGAAACCUUAUGUGAAAAAUCUGUCAUCCAUGGCUCUUGCAACUCGUCUUGCCAAAUCAUUCUUCUUCGCGUUCCCUGAUAAUUGUCCGGAUCCGAAUGCUCUUCUUCGAUUAUUCAUUCACGAAUCAGCUCGAGUGAUUGGAGAUGCCAUCGAUCCUUCACAUCGACCAACGUUUGCUCGACAAUUCGAAACUCUGAUCGAUGAAAAUUUCAACACAACCCAACAAGCAAUCCUUAAACAUAUUGCUCAGAUUUCGGACAACGAAGAGGACGAAGAAGAAAAGGAAGGAAUUGAAAAGAGACCUCCAACGACAAUUGAUAUGUUUGAUUUAAUAUAUUCGGAAGUGGAUGCACACGAUGUUGUCGAUGGAUUGAGUUAUGAACCAGUUGUGGAUAGAGUUCAAUUCCAGAGAAGUAUUGAGAACUUUCUUUUCGAGCAUCAUAGAAACCAUCCAAAAGAUAGAAUAAGGCUAUUCAUUGAUUGGGAAACAAGCGGAUGGGUUCAAAGAGUGAUGAGAGUUAUCCGGCAAGCAUCAGAGCAUAUGGUCUUAGUGGCUCCACCGAAUAGUGGGAGGACUCAGGUCGUCAAAGCAGCAUGUGUAGCUUGUAAUGCAACUAUGAUGCAUAUGCAAGUCGACGCCACCUGCUAUGAUACAUUCAUCUCGAGAUGGGAAUAUGCGUUGAGUAGGGCUAUCAACAUUAUAGCCAAUACAAAUCAGCACGUUGUUAUCCUGGUACAUCUUGACUUUUGUUACGAAAAAGUGGAGCCUCGCUGGAUGGAACAAAUCAAACUAUGGAUUGAAUGUCCCAAUACACAGCAUCUAGUUUCUGACGAGCAACUCCACACUAUGGGAGAACAAUUGAUCGAAUGCGAGAAGAACUUGGCGACUCAAAUGCAAACGAUUGGAUUGAGACUUCCCGGACAGAGAAUGUGUAAAUAUCUUCCUGUGGAAACAUUAAAAGAACCGCAAGCGCUUCGGAAAGUUCUAGAAGCAAGGAUUUUUGAUGCCCUUCAUGUGAUGUUUCUUGUGGAUCCGCAGUUUAAGAGCGACUUCUCCUGGUGCACAAUUUUCCAUGUUCCCGUGAGUUUUUUUUUCGUGAGAAGUCUUCUCAAACAUUGGAAAAUUCAGAACAUUGAAAAGUCCGAUUUGAUCUCAAAAGUUUCAAAAAUUAUAUCGGAUUGCAAAGUUGAUGAAGCAACACAAAUCAUUGUUUCUACAUUUUUCAUUGGUUCGUUUUCCAGAGAUUUUUCCCGUUUUUUGAAUGAGUCGCUUUCAGUUAAAAAGUAUUUACAAGCAAUAGGCAUUGCUCUUCCUGGAACUCUAUUCAGCCAAUUGUUUGAAGUUGCUGACUGUUUUCAAAUUGUAUUCAGACAACAGAAAAAGUGA